AUACAAACUAAUCUGGCCAUUAUGUUUUAGUUGUGAAAGUGAAAUAAAAAUAUUGAAAAAAUGUGGAGGCUGAAGAUCGGCGAGGGCGGGAGGGAGCCUUACCUGUUCAGCAAAAACAACUUCUGCGGGAGGCAGACAUGGGAGUUCGAUCCCGACGCCGGCACUGACGAAGAGCGGGAGGAAGUCGAGGCCGCUCGCCGUCGUUUCUGGGAGAACCGAAACGGCCGUGUUAAAGCCAGCUCCGACCUCCUCUUACAGUUCCAGUUUCUGAGGGAGAAAUUUUUUAAGCAAACCAUUCCAAGAGUGAAGGUAGAAGACGGAGAGGAGAUAACGUACGAGACUGCGACGGCUGCAUUGAGAAGGAGCGUUCGUUUCUUUGGGGCCCUUCAGGCCAGCGACGGCCAUUGGUGUGCUGAAAACUCCGGCGUCAACUUCUACACCCCACCUCUGGUGAUUACCCUUCUAUAUAUGCUGUUGCCUAAUUAAGAAAUGUGUUAAUAUCUUAGUUUGGGUUGAAUUAUACACAUACUUUCUACUUUGGCCCGUGAUAUUAAAAAUUGUUAUUUUGGCCUGAACUAUGUAGCAAACUUCCUCAUUUGGUUCGGAGGCGGGUUUGACCGUCAAAUUAGACGGUCAAACCUGUUGACCGUUAGUCAAUGUCCACCUCACCUGCCACGUCAGCUUUGAGGACAUAAUUUUUUUAUUUCUGAAUUUUAUUUUCUUUCGAUUAAUAAAAAUAAUAAAUCAAAAAAAUUAAUUAAAAGAACGAAAAAGGGCCCAUUUUUAGCAAAUGACAAGAAAACAAAUUUCAGAAAUAAAAAAAUAUUUUUUAUGUCCUCAAAGCUGACGUGGCAGGUGAGGUGGGCAUUGACUAACGGUCAACAAGUUUGACCGUCUAAUUUAACGGUCAAACUCGCCUCCAGGCCAAAUGAGUAAGUUUGCUACAUAAUUCAGCCUAGAAUAGCAAUUUCCAAUACCACGAGUCAAAGUAGAAUGUAUGUGUAUAGUUCGGGUCAAACUAAGGUAUUAACUCUUAAGAAAUUGAUAUUCCUUCGUCGCUAAUAAUGUGAGUCGGAUCCAACUUGCAGGUAUUUGCUCUGUAUAUUACAGGCCACCUCAACACGGUAUUAACGGCAGAGCAUCGAAAACAAAUUUUACACUACACCUACUGUCACCAGGUACGUAGUCCAAAAUAUAUAUUGAGUGGUGUUCCAAUAGCAGUAAUAGUGACUUGAAAUUUGAGAGCGACUGACAUAGAUUGCGUUGCGGGGUUGAUCAAUAUAUAUAGAGUAGGUGGCAAUUCCGUGACUUGUGGCGGGUAGAGAUGACUUAUAAUGAGCAUUUAUUAUGUGGCUCGUUAUGGUGUUUGGUUAGUAUUAUUAGUCAAAAAUUAAUUUUUUGUUAACACUUUUGUUAGUGUAUGAAUUUUAUUUCCAUAAUCUAAAUGUGUAUGAGUUGGGUAUGGAUACUCAUUUAUUCGAAGUUGUUUUAAUUACACAUACAAAAAUUAGACAUAUUUGUAGAACUUAUAAAGUUAAGGUAGCAAAAUGAAGUACACAAAAAUUUUAGGUACUAAAAUAUAAUGAUCCAUCAAUAUUUUGAGGACUUAUAUGCACAAAAAAAUAAAUUUUUGUUAUAAAUCUAAAUAUCUAUUAAGUUUAGGUACCGAACUGUAAUUUGCAUAAUUGAGGCUUAAUUCCUUUUAAGGUGAUGUAUUAAGAUGAUAAUUAUUUACUUUUUUGUAGAAAAAUGAAAACUAUUUAUUUGAUAUGUGUAGAUACCUAACCAAACAUUCCAUGUAUAAUUGUUGAAAAUUCUAGCAUGGGUGAAAAAGAAAAACUCUAGAGAGGAGCAAAAGGAAUACAAACUGGAACUCGCUUAAAAUUUCAUGUCUUCAAAUCCCAUUAUGAAAAAUAACGACUUUCUAAUAAGUAAUAACCAUAUAUAUUUAUUUUGAAUAUGACUCAAUAUUGAGCCGAAAAAGUUAGUGGUUAAUGGUUCAAUUAUUAAUUCUUUAUACUGUUGUGAGCCGUGUACGAACCCGUUCAUACUUAUGAUUAGAAUACAUAAAAAAUAGUAUACUAAUUAGGGUUAGACGAAGAAGGCAAAGAAAGAAAUAAAAAAGGGUUAUGGAAGACGAGUGAAAAAUGAAACGAAAAGUAAGUAGAUGAUAGAAAGGUUUUAACUAAAUCUUUUAGUUGGUUGUCAAUACAACAUUAUAUUCAAC